AUGAUUUGCAAUGCCAAGUUGAGAAAUUCUAGUCUAGCACCGGCAAAACUAAGAGAACACUUCCUUAAGCUGCAUGGAAAACACAAGAACACAACGCUCACUGAAUUCAAGGUGAAGAGAGCUAGAUUCGAUGAAAAGGCUACUCUACCUGUUUUCGCCUUUGCACCCAUCAACAAACCGAUCCUCACAGCAUCGUACGAAGUUGCUUACCUGAUCGCAAAGCAGGGCAAACCACACACCAUUGCUGAAACACUCAUAAAACCAGCUGUGUUGACGAUGGCGAAUAUCAUGCUGGGAAAAGCGUCUGAAGUUAAGUUAUCCCAAAUUCCUCUUUCAAAUGACACCAUCAGCGACAGAAUAGAGGACAUGAGCAAAGACAUCUUGGCUCAAGUAGUUGCAGAUCUGAUUUCAAGCCCGGCAAAAUUCAGCCUUCAACUCGAGAGCACAGACGUUUCCAAUCUAAGCCAGCUUGCAGUAUUCGUGCGCUAUGUGAAAGAUGACGUGAUAAAGGAAGAUUUUUUAUUUUGUAAGCCUCUUACAACAACAACUAAGGCAGCCGCUGUGAAGAAACUUGUGGAUGACUUCUUCAAAGACAACAAUUUUUCGUGGGAUAUGGUUUCUGCAGUUUUUUUGGACGGAGCUCCAGCCAUGCUGGGAAGAAAGUCUGGUUUUGGUGCGCUAGUGAAAGCCGAUGCACCACACAUCAUUGUUACGCAUUGUAUUCUGCACAGGCAUGCGUUGGCAACAAAAACCUUGCCUCCAAAACUGGCAGAAGUAUUAAAAAUUGUAGUGGAAUGCGUGAACUAUGUGAGAAAUAGUGCUCUGAGGCACCGCAUCUUCAGGGAGCUGUGUAAAGAAAUGGGAUCUGAAUUCGAGGUACUUCUGUACCAUUCUAACGUUCGGUGGUUAUCCCGGGGACAGGUGCUGAAUCGUGUUUUUGCCGUGCGUGUGGAAUUAGCCCUGUUUUUGCAAGAGCACCAACAUUGUCAUGCAGAUUGCUUCAAAAAUUCUGAGUUCAUUCUCAUUUUAGCGUACAUGGCUGAUAUCUUCGCAGCUCUCAAUCAUCUCAAUCAACAGAUGCAGGGCGGUGGAGUCAACAUCAUCGAAGCGGAAGAAAACCUGAAGGCUUUUCAAAAAAAGCUACCGCUAUGGAAACGACGAAUAGAGAGCGAUAACUUUGCAAACUUUCCCCUGCUAGACGACUGUGUAAGUAAGAUCGAAAAUGUAUCCGGAAUCGGAGACAUUUCUGUACCCGCGGAACUGAAGCAAGCAAUUGCCACGCACUUAGAUUCGCUUGCAAAGUCUCUCGACGGAUACUUCCCUACAAGAGUCAUAUCCAGCAUGGGUGAGACAGCCGUUCAUGUUUAG